AUGCAACUCACCCAAAUCUUAACUCUCACCGCCCCAUUGAUCGCUCUCACUGAGGCUGCUCCAUCUGCCGGUAUGUUAGGUAACAUGUGUAACGAUGCUACCCACAGAUUCCAAAACUUUGGUACUUGUCUUUCCGAAACCCCAACCUUUCAAUCCUUGAAUAGCACUUUCUGGUACCAAGCUGCUAGAAAAGCCUUGUGUGGUUACUCCAUGGAAGGGAACUUCACUAAUUAUAUCCAACCACACAACAACAUGGCCGUCAAACAAAAAAGUGAUACUCAAAUCGAAUUGGAAGCCCAAUAUUUGUACGUUUUGAACAACCCAGACUCCAGUAUUGAUUCAGAAAUUGAUUCUGAAAUGAAAACUGAAGUAUCCUCUGGUGAAGUUCAUGCUGAAAAACGUGAUGGUACCUACGGUUUGGCACAAUGUUUGAACACUUGUGAGCUCUUCAGAGAAGGUUCCAAUGCUGUUCAAAACUGCUGGCAAGUUACUGGUUUAACAGUUAUCUAUGGCGUUUGUGAAGCUGGCUGCAGAUACUAUUACUAA